GGCGCGCAGAGGAGCGGGCCGCGGCGCGAAGGCGGCCGGAGCGCGGCCCCGCCAUGGGCUUCCUGCACCAGCUGCAGCUGCUGCUCUGGAAGAACGUGACGCUGAAGCGCCGGAGCCCGUGGGUCUUGGCCUUUGAGAUCUUCAUUCCUCUGGUCCUCUUUUUCAUCCUGCUGGGGCUUCGGCAGAAGAAACCGACCAUCUCCGUGAAGGAAGUCUCUUUCUACACGGCAGCGCCGCUCACCUCCGCGGGCAUCCUGCCCGUCAUGCAGUCUCUGUGCCCGGAUGGCCAGCGGGACGAGUUUGGCUUCCUGCAGUACGCCAACUCCACGGUCACUCAGCUUCUGGAGCGCCUCAACCGCGUGGUGGAGGAGGGCAACCUGUUCGACCCGGCGCGGCCCAGCCUGGGCUCGGAGCUCGAGGCCCUGCGCCAGCACCUGGAGACCCUCCGCUCGGGCCCGGACGCCUGGGAGAGCCUCCCGGCCAGACCCGCAGGUGCACACCGGGCCCUGGGCGGGCUGGGCCGUGCCUGUGCGGCGGGGCGGGGGUGGAGGCUGUUGAGACCUGAGCUCUGGUGUCAGCUGGGUUCAAACCCCGGCUCGGUCACUUCUGACCGUGGGCUCGCGGCUGGGCCUCCGUCUGAACCGUCACUCCGAGUUCCCGGGGCAGACGUGCUCGGGUGGUCCCGGCCGAGCUGA